AUGCUCACCUAUAAAAAUGUUGAGCACACCGCGAUCUCGGUUGUCAGAGGUUUCGUCGCCAACAACAGAGAUUUUCUUUCCACGGAUCUCUUGCAGCACUUUUUGCAUGUGCUGGUCAAAGACCCGGGGCAGGUGGGUCUGCCUGAGGGCCCUACACCGAAUGUGUGUUCUGUCCAAGAAGCUGAUGGAGAGGACUGUGGAGGACCAGAACCAGCCAGGAACUCACAUCCAAAUCCACGUUUACAACCAGAGACUGAAGACCCAGCUUCAGACUUUCCUGAACCUGGACAGCUAUCUAGCUUUGCCCUGGCCUCACAAUGUUGCCAACAAAGAAAUGAGAGCAGAGAACCUCAGUCAGGUUUGAACUCUCAGAAAAAGAGCAGGUAUCAUUCUCGUGAGAAAUCAUUUCGCUGCUCCGAGUGUGGGAAACAAUUCAACCAAAACUCAAACCUGAAGACACACAUGCGAACUCACACAGGAGAGAAGCCGUUCAGCUGCCCCUUCUGCGCUAAAAGGUUUGGCCAGAAGGCACAUCUGCAGAACCAUUUGAAAUGUCACACGGGCGAAAAGCCGUACAGGUGUUCAGUCUGCGGCCGGCGUUUUUCGAGGUUUGAGCAUAUGAAGUUACACAUGAGAACGCACACAGGGGAGCGACCAUUCAGCUGUGCCAGUUGUGGAAAAAGAUUCACCUGGCUUCAUCAGUUCAAAACGCACAAGUGUGGGGGUAAAUCGUCCCGGCUGCAGGAGGAACCGUGGAGCGGUCAGGAAGGAGAGCAGCUUCAAGGGCUGGAGGAGGCUGAUAUCACCAAGUUCCCAUUCACUCCUGUCCCUGCAAAGAGCGAGGAUGAUGAAGAGGAAGCUCAGUCCUCACAGCUUCAUCAAAGUCAAUCACAUCCAGACAGUUUUGACUCACAUGGACUCGUGUGUAACCCAUUCAUUGGACAGUUCUGGUGAUGUAACCCUGUUGUCUUGAAGGCUACCUUUACACCGCUACAUUUUUGAGUUUUGAGCCAAAAGUGAUCUCCGGUCACCAAGUGCUUUUAGCUCCAGGAGAAGAACUAAGGCUUCCUUUCUCCCUUUUCACUAGGCCCUGUUCCCAAAAUGAAUACUGUUUGGUGUCUGCUUAAUUCUUAAUUUCAGUGUAAUGUUCAUGUUAUUGUUUCAGUUUGUUACUUUAUUAUUUGACAUAGGCAUGUUCAGCAGGUUUAUAUGGAGUUAGAAUCAUGCCAAAACCUCACACACACACAAAACGUGUUUUACUCACGCCCA